AUGCUUCGUCGAAAUCCCACGCGCAUUCAUUUACGACCAGAGGACGUCGAAUCCGUCGAGAAACUGCGUGAACUUUAUCAACAGAAGAAAACGCUUGCUAAGGGUAAACGCAAGGGCACUGAAAUAGAUAGAGAGAUAAUGUCGUUAUCCAAUCAAGAUUCCUCGGUCAAUGAGCAGUCGCUUUCGAACAAUGACUUUACAAAGAGCAGCAUGCCGUUUGAUUACAUGAUGGCCACUCGUGCCCAGAGGGCAAAGUGGAUAAAUGACGACACUUCAGGUGAAUUUUCUCUCAAGGUUUGUUGGGCCGCUGUUACGUUUUUCAGGCAUGACGAUUGCAAAUUUACAUGCGCCUUGAUAAGGGCUAUUACAAUGGGAAAACUCCAGGAGGCUAAUCCAGAGUAUGAUGUUAUGUCCAAAUAUGUUGACACAAGUCAGAGCUCCAAACAUUUCCGAUAA